ACGACAACAAAAGCCACUCCGGCUACUGCAACAACAACAAAAGAAAAACCAGGAACAUCAUCUAACCCUGUUAAUGUGACCGAAAAUGUGAAAAAACUUGCUGAUGUCGUCGAAUUAGACAUACCGAAAAUAGAAAAGGAAAUGCGUAACAAGAAGAAAGAAGAGAAAUUGAAGGAGUCAGCCGAGACGGCAAUGGGGAAGGAAAUUGAUUUCGAACCAAAUAAAUCGAAGGAGCUAAAAAAUUUGGAGUCGAAGAAGUUAAAUCCAAUCGAUAAGGAUAUAUUGGUCAUCAUAUUGGAUCAUGAUGUUAAUCAGCCAUAUCUAAGAAGUAAUCCGGAUUUAUUCACUAGAGUGAUAAAUGCUGUCACCUUGUUGGGUAGCUCCCAUCUAUUGGGUAGAUCGCAAAACGAAGUGGCUUAUGUGGCUUGCUCGCGGCUCUCCGUCCAUCUCGUUCAACCGGACAGAUUACUUUUGAAUUUACGUUGCCUAGAAAAUUGUAUGGAUGCUUUCGAUUUCGCUGAUUAUAUAACAAAAGUACGCAUAGCUGAACUAAUGCGAAGUGAUGCUCAGAAAGUGAAUUAUAAUUCAAAUGCUCAGAAUACAUCAACCAGCCUUUUGGCCGGUGGUAUAGGAAAGGCACUUUGCUAUAUACAACGACGUCGUCGGGAAAUAACACGCGGUUUGGCCAAAGGCGUACAAUUGAGAAUUGAGGCACGUGUUCUCAUUGUCACGGCCACGGAUCCGGGCAGCAAUCAAGUGAUAAACUAUAUGCAUAUGUUUAACGGUGCAAAAAGCUCCCGUGUAGCCUUAGAUGUCUGCAUACUCGACCGUGCUGAAACCCUAUCGAUUUGGCGUCAGGCAACAGCUUUGACCGGUGGUUUCUAUUAUUCCACAAAUGAUUUUACUGACUUAUUGACACGCCUGCUUGGCAUCUUUCUAAUGUCGCCGGUCGAGAGAUUUCAAUUCAAUUAUCCCGAACAACCACAAGUCGAUUAUAGACCAAACUGUGUUUGCCAUAAGAAUGUCUUGGAUAUUGGUUUUGUAUGCAGCGCUUGUUUAUCGGUCCAUUGCAUGUAUACCCCGAUUUGUUUGAUCUGCGAUUGUUUGUAUAAGGCACCUCGAUCUAUAGAUGAUUAUAUGAAAAGAAAAAGGAAAGCCAAAGGACGUAAACGCACAACUAGCGUAUGAAUAAUUUCUUGUAUACGAAAUGUUUUAUAAUAAACAACGUUUGUAUUUACUAACCGCUUUAAA